CUGGCUUCCGGCGCGGCUACGGGCGGCCUGGGUGCGGUUGACUUUGCGGAGCCAUGGAGAGCGGCUUCGGCACGGAUUUCGGGGCCUCCGGAGGCGGGAAGUUGGACCCAGGGCUCAUCAUGGAGCAGGUGAAGGUGCAGAUUGCCGUGGCCAACGCGCAGGAGCUGCUGCAGAGGAUGACGGACAAGUGCUUCCGGAAGUGCAUCGGGAAGCCGGGGGGCUCCCUGGACAAUUCGGAGCAGAAGUGCAUCGCCAUGUGCAUGGACCGCUACAUGGACGCCUGGAACACCGUGUCCCGUGCCUACAACUCGCGUCUGCAGCGGGAACGAGCCAACAUGUGACCGAGAGGCGCGGCGCUGGCCACCCACGGUCACCCCCUUCCCGUUUCCAUGCCCAUAGACGUGCUUAGCGAGGCAGGGCCGGCACAUGGCACGGUGCUGGGACAGGGGACUGUGUCCCCGACCAUGAGUGCGGCUGGGGUCUGGGGGGACCCCGUGCAGCCCAGGGGCACCUGUUUCAGGUCUGGGAGUCAGUGGUCCCUCCCGUGGUGUGCGCCUCUCCCCGGGCAGAUGAGCCUUAUGUGGACGAAACUUGUCGGGGUGGGGGUGGGCAGACCACCCCCCUGAGCUGUGACCUCGUGCGGGUGAACAAAUAAACUGCUGGGGUAGGGGUCGAGAGCCCCGCGCAUGUU